UUUGUCAUUACAAUGUUUACAAUUAAAAGUAGUAACUCGUGUCUUUUAAAUAAAUCAUAACUACUGAACUCAAAUUGUUUUUCAACGACUUCAUUUAUAGUUGCAAUUGAAACAACAGUGCUUUGUGCGCUGAAUUAAACAAUGUUAUCAGAUGAUAUAGAUAAAUUAAUUGAAGAGAAACGGCGGGAAUUAGAAAACGAAAAAGCUAUCUUAGGGUUAUCGCAGGAAAACGAUCUCUUAAACAGCAAGAAUGAGGAAAACAAAGAGAACAUAAAAUCACCACAUACUGUGAAGUUUUGCAGAAGGAGAGCUCUGUCAGAGAACAAUGAAACAACUGAAGACGAAAGUGAAGAAAAAGAUAUUUCACCUGACUUAGAGCGAUACAUACGGCGCUACCUCGGUCUUCCAGUUAUGUUAAAGGCAGGUGAGUAUUCGCCCAACAACCCGCUGAUACGAGGAGAGCGGUCAACCGGCGAUGUUCUUCUUGGUUUGGGGGAGUAUGAGCGACGAAGGAAUACGCUGCGCAAGAUACGACAGAGGCAGUAUAAGGAGUAUCUUGAUGAGCAAGCGAAAAUAAAACAAGAAGAGCGAGAAAAGGCAGAACGUGAGAAAAAGGAGAGAGAAGAAAAAGAAAGACUGGCGGAGGAAAGAGAAAGAGAGCGCGAACGGCUGGAGUUGGAGAGAGACAGAUAUAGUCCAGAAAGACGACGAGCCAGCUUCACUUGCAGCAACGUUUCUGGUGCUAAUAAUGUGUAUAAUAGUAAAGUGGAUACAGCAGUUCAAGUAGAAAGACAUACGCCGCUGUCCGUUGCCGUGCAGACGGACGACGAUGAUUUAUAUCCCACAAGAACAGGAAUAUCGCUACCCUCAAAACAACUGCUAACAGAAGCGGAACGAGAGUUGUCCCCUCGCACAGUAGGUGUCAAACCGGCCACUUGGCAUUGGUCGAGUAACUAUGAAGAUAGAGGCCGGAGAAGAAGGAGUUAUGGCGAUUUUGAUGCUCGGACGUCGUCCAACACAGACAAACAGACAUACAGGCCGUCUAUAUUGGAUGCCGAUGUUAUAUCAUUGAGGAACUUGCAAGCUGAAAAGGAGGCUGCAGCGCGACGUCAGUUCUAUCAGCAAGAGUUACGUAAUCAAAUAGAAGAACAGCAAAGAAUAAGAGAAGAGAGGAGAAAUAGAGAAAAAAUGUUGGAACAAGCCGAAAUGAGGCGGCUCGAACAACAACUUCGUUCGUUAAAAAUGGCACAAGAAAGUGAAAUUGAUAGACAUAGAGAUGUCAAUAAAAAGAUGCAGAGAAAUUCAGCGGAAUAUGAAAUUCAGAGGGCAUCACUACAGCAGGAAAUAGACGAAGAAAGAUCUCAAAUGAAACGUCACACAGAUACAAAUAGCUAUUUCGAAAAGCCUUACACCGUCAAUGUACCAGAUACAGCAAUAUUUUCACCGAAUUACGAUCUUGAAAAUUACUUAAGAAAAAAUCUGAAUCCAACCAAAGAGAGCCUCCAUCUCGGUAAUAAAAUACAUGAGAACUGGAAGGAAAGAGAAAAUUGGUAUGAGGCAACACCAUACCGUCAAGAAGUUUAUAAUUAUAAAGAUCUUAAUGAAAACUGGCAAAAGGCAGAUGAAAAAAUUAAAAGUUCCAGAGAGACUGAAAGUGAGAAAUAUAGGGUAGAUAAUAGAUAUAGGCAAGAAAGUUAUAGAAGCGAAUUCGAUACUCUGCCCAUACCAGUUUUACGGCAUUCGCCAAAACACAAAGUGGAAAAGGAGGAAAAGUGUGAGAAAAACGAAUUAAGCGAGGAGAUGCAACUUGUAGAUGACAAGUGGAAAGUACCCGCAGUUCAAAAGAAUAUUUUGAAAAAUUUGAAAAGUGAGGGUAGGAAUAUAAAUAUUUUGACCCAAUUGGGUUCCAUACGACGCCAACUUCAACUGGAACAAAUGAAGUUAGAUAAAAUUAAACAAACCGAUUUUUAGGUAUAUAAUUAAAAAAUUUAAUCGAAUUUUAAUUUUUUAUGAUUAUAAUACAACGGUUAGUUAAUUAUUAUUCAUGUUAAAUGACAAAUAGACUGAUUGUCAAACAAAAGUCUAAGUGUUAGUGAUAAUGUUAGACCGUUGACAUUUUACAAUAACGUCACAUGAUGCAUGUCACAAUACUUUGACAAUUUACAUUAGUAAGCGCAAAAAGGGAUGUUAUAAUUUGUAAUCUUAAUCAUUAAGGAAUAUAAAUUAAGAUUACAACUUAUAAGUUCGUGUUAUUAAUUUCGAUUUAAAAAUAUAUUAAUAACAAUUAAAUGUGUCGUUUUGAAUCUAUGAUCAGUCUAUUUAUCUUUAAAUAUAUAAGAUUUAAAUUUUCAAUAAAUCACCGUCCGUGAAGCUUACUAUAUAAAAUAUUUUUGCUGAAUUUUAAAUAUAUUUUUAUGAACAUUUAUUAUGAAUAUUCGUUACUUUGUUCGCUAAUUUUGAUGAUGUCAAAAUUAAUUCGAGCAAUAUUUAAUUUAAAAAAUUGUUCUAAAAUUAGAGUUGUGUUUUAUCGGUGUUGCUAUUUUUUAAUUUGGAUCAUCUCUAUUUUUAUUUGUAAGUUUUUAUUACAAACAUUUUUCGUCAUAGUUCAAAUAAAAUUGAGACGAACGAGUUGCAUACUCCGGAAAAUAUAAACAAUCCGAAAUUCCUAUUAAUCUGUAGAUUUUGAAAAUCAGUUUAGUUUUAAAAGAUUUCCUUGGGUACAUAUUAUCGUCUAAAUUAAACACGGUAACUUCGUUCGUGUUUAAAUUAAAUUUGAGUGCUACUUGUAAACUAAAUGUUUCUCCUUAAUUCAUACUUCGACUAGACAGUAGAGCAUAGCCAAAAAGUUAUUCCGUAGUGUAGUGCCAAAAAAGUUUUUGAUUUUUACAAUUUUAUCCUUGUCUUCGAAUCUUGAUUAUUCUAACAGACAUUUUUAUUUAAGGUAUGAAAAUUGUAAUGUUAAGUCACCCUUAUAGAAAAUAAAUCCGUUUCAUUGCACUCUUUAACUAUCAUCUGUUUCGUCUCAUCGACAUACAAUUUGACAGAAAAAGACGAAAGAGUUUUAGAGUGACUGAGACGUAGAUCGUUGGACAUACUUGGGUUUGUUCAAGAAAAAAAUAUUUUGUUGUUAAGAACUUGAUCGUAAUUCUAAUCUACGGUAAGUUACUAGUUUUGUGUGGCUUUCAAACGUAGAUUAAAUCAAAAACGU